UUUUCCUAACAAUUUAAUUUGAUCCUCAAAAUAUGAAGAAUUUCUUGAUUUCUUUAUACUUGUUGUUUCCAACAAUCAUUUCAAUCAUUCUUCUCCUCCUUACUCCAAUUCCAACUGCACAACAAUUAACAACAACAGAAACUAAAAUCUUUCUCCAACUUCAAAUCCUUCUUGAACUUCCUCAACAAUGGAACAACAACACCAACAACUUUUGCAACCUUCCUCCAUCACCUUCUCUCACAAUCACAUGCAUAGAGUCAAAGGGUCAUAUAACAGAAUUAACCAUAAUUGGAAACAAGAAAAAGAAAGAUUCUCAAACUCUCUCACAAAGAUUCUCUAUUGAUUCUUUCUUCAAUGUUUUAACAAAACUUUCAAACAUGAAAAGUUUGUCAUUGGUUUCACUUGGUUUGUGGGGUCCACUACCUUCCAAGAUUAUUACUAGGUUUAAGUCACUUGAAGUUUUCAACAUUACUUCAAAUUUUGUUUGUGGCAAAAUUCCAUCAUCAAUUUCAUCUUUGAAGAAUCUCAAGAGUCUUGUUUUGGUUGAUAAUUUCUUCAAUGGAAGUGUUCCUAAUCUCAAAAGAUUAGCCUCUCUUGAAGAGAUUAAUUUGAGUUUCAACAACUUAGGACCUGAAUUUCCUUCAUUAAAUAACAAUUUUGUUAAGAUUAUUAUCUUGAGUAAUAACUCAUUUAGAACUCAAAUUCCUCAACAACUCAUGCAUUUUGAAAAACUUCAACUGUUUGAUAUUUCUUAUAAUGAAAUAUUUGGAAACAUUCCUUCAUUUUUGUUCUCUCUUCCUUUCCUACAAAACCUAAACUUUGCUUCAAAUCAAUUAAGUGGUUCAAUUUCUAUGCAUUUAUCUUGUAGUUCUUUUUUAACAUUUGUUGAUAUCUCACAUAACUUUCUAGAAGGAAACUUGCCAUCUUGCAUCGAUUCAAAGUCGUCCAAUUCGAAUCGAACGGUACUAUAUUCCAGUAAUUGUUUGUUAACAAGAAAUUUCACUGAUCAACAUCCAUCUUCAUAUUGCAAGAAAUCAAUAGACUUAGCUGCUAAGCCAAAAUUUAAGAAGAAGAAGGAAUCAAAGAUGCAAUUAGGAGUAAUAUUUGGUAUUAUUGGAGGUUUUGUUGGAAUUGCAGGGCUUUUGAUUCUAUUUUUUCUGUUCAUUUUGAGAAAGUUCAAAUCAGAAAGAGAAGUUAGUAAAAUAAAUAGAUCUAUUUUUGAUGAUAGAGUUUCUGUUUCUGCAUAUUCAAGACCAAAUAUUUAUGCAAGAAGUAAUUUUCCUCAGCUAAUGAGGUUUGGUGGACUUGGAUUACCACCAUACAGCAUUUUCACAAUAGAAGAAAUUGAAGAUGCAACCAACAAUUUUGACUCAUCAAAUCUAAUAGGAGAAGGAUCACAAGGACAGCUAUAUAAAGGUAAACUCAAAGAUGGUUUAAUGGUCAUGGUGAAUCUUGUAAAACUAAAGCAGAAGAGUUUGACUAAAAUCAGUGAUGAGAACUUGAAGGUGUUACCUUAUUUAAGGCAUAGGCAUUUGGUGAGUGUUUUAGGACACUGUACCAUUACUUAUCAAGAUAAUCCCAAAACAACAAGCACAAUAUUCAUUGUAUUUGAGCAUAUCUCAAACAUGUCAUUGAGGAUUCAUCUUACAGAUAGGAGAAAAAAGGAAAUGCUGAAGUGGCAACAGAGAAUGUCAAUCAUCAUAGGAAUUGCAAGAGGAAUCCAAUUCUUACAUACAGGAGUUAAUCCUAGCAUAUUUGGAAACAACAUAAAGAUUGAGAACAUUCUGUUGGACAAAAGUCUUAAUCCAAAAGUUAGUGGAUAUAGCAUUCCAUUUCCAUCUAAGAAAAGUUCUGAAAGAAAACUUAAAGAACAAAAUGUCCACAAUCAUAUUGGCAGCAUCAAUAAUGCAGAGAAGGAAGACAUAUAUCAAUUGGGUGUGAUUCUACUUGAAGUUAUCACUGGCAAACUAAUUACAUCAUCUACUGAAGUAGAAGUGCUGAAGUAUGAGCUUGAGAGAAGUUUAUCUGAAGUUCCAUCACCAAUAACAUUAAGGAGCUCAAUUGAUCCUUCCCUCCAUAGAACUUAUACACAUGAAUCAUUGAAGACUGCAGUUCAGAUCACCAUCAAUUGUCUCAAUAAAGUUCCCAGUAAUCGCCCGUCAAUAGAAGAUAUUCUCUGGAAUCUGCAGUACUCCAUGCAAGUUCAAGAGUCAAGAAGGUCUAGCAAAAGCUCAAUAUGAAAAUGUAAACUUGCUGCCAAUAGACUUGUUUAUUAGUUAUGACACAGUUCAUAAGAUAUUUGUUCAUAAAAUCCAAAAACUACAACAUGAAAUUGUGUUUCAGAAGACA